CAUCCCCCUCCGGUCGUCAAAUCCCCAAACCCCCCGACGGUCGUCACCGCCGGAGUCCGCCGCCGCCGCCGCGCCGAUGGCCGUGGAGGUUUGCCGCCGGGUGCCGCCGCACGGCGGCGGCGCCGUGGGGGGCCCGGCGCCGCGGCGGGGGGGACAGCAGCAGGGGGAGAGGGUGAGGAGGGUGCAGGCCGGGGACGCGCUGCCGCUGCCGAUCCGGCACACGAACCUCAUAUUCUCGGCGCUGUUCGCGGCGUCGCUGGCCUACCUGAUGCGGCGGUGGCGGGAGAAGAUCCGCUCGUCGACGCCCCUCCACGUGGUGGGGCUCGCCGAGAUCUUCGCAAUCUGCGGCCUCGUCGCCUCGCUCAUCUACCUCCUCAGCUUCUUCGGCAUCGCCUUCGUGCAGUCGGUCGUCUCCAACAGCGACGACGAGGAGGAGGACUUCCUGAUCGACUCCCGCGCCGCGGCGGCGCAGGCUCCGCCGGCGCCGUGCUCGCUGCUGGGCAGCGCGGGCGCCGCCCCCGAGAAAAUGCCGGAGGAGGACGAGGAGAUCGUGGCCGAGGUUGUUGCGGGGAAGAUCCCGUCGUACGUGCUGGAGACCAGGCUGGGCGACUGCCGCCGCGCCGCCGGGAUCCGGCGCGAGGCGCUGCGGCGGACCACGGGGAGGGAGAUCAAGGGGCUCCCCCUCGACGGCUUCGACUACGCUUCCAUCCUCGGGCAGUGCUGCGAGCUGCCGGUGGGUUACGUGCAGCUGCCGGUGGGCGUGGCCGGCCCGCUCGUGCUCGACGGGGAACGGUUCUACGUGCCGAUGGCCACCACCGAGGGCUGCCUGGUCGCCAGCACGAACCGCGGAUGCAAGGCCAUUGCCGAGUCCGGCGGCGCGACCAGCGUCGUGCUCCAGGACGGGAUGACGCGUGCCCCCGUGGCCCGGUUCCCGUCCGCGCGUCGUGCCGCCGAGCUCAAGGGCUUCUUGGAGGACCCGGCCAACUUCGAUACCUUGGCCAUGGUCUUCAAUAGAUCGAGCAGAUUUGCUAGGCUGCAGAGGGUGAAGUGCGCAGUGGCCGGGAGGAACCUUUACAUGAGGUUCAGCUGCAGCACAGGGGAUGCCAUGGGGAUGAACAUGGUCUCCAAGGGCGUCCAGAACGUGCUGGACUACCUUCAGGAUGACUUCCCUGAUAUGGAUGUCAUCAGCAUAUCAGGUAACUUUUGUUCUGACAAGAAAUCAGCUGCUGUAAAUUGGAUUGAGGGGCGUGGAAAGUCUGUAGUUUGUGAGGCGAUAAUCAAGGAGGAAGUUGUGAAAAAGGUUCUCAAGACCAACGUUCAGUCACUAGUAGAAUUGAACGUCAUCAAGAACCUUGCUGGCUCAGCUGUUGCUGGAGCUCUAGGUGGUUUCAAUGCCCAUGCAAGCAACAUUGUAACAGCCAUCUUUAUUGCCACUGGUCAGGAUCCUGCACAGAAUGUAGAAAGCUCUCAGUGCAUCACAAUGUUAGAAGCUGUAAAUGAUGGCAAAGAUCUUCACAUCUCUGUUACGAUGCCAUCUAUUGAGGUGGGCACAGUUGGGGGAGGCACACAGCUGGCCUCUCAGUCUGCUUGCUUGGACCUACUUGGCGUGAAAGGCGCAAACAGGGAAUCUCCAGGAUCAAAUGCGAGGCUCCUGGCCUCGGUUGUGGCUGGCGCUGUCCUUGCUGGGGAGCUGUCCCUUAUCUCUGCUCAAGCCGCAGGCCAUUUGGUCCAGAGCCACAUGAAAUACAACAGAUCCAGCAAAGAUAUGUCCAAGGUCGCCUCUUGAGCGCAUCAUUUGGACCCUUGCAGAGGAAAAUGGACAAAAUCCGUAAUGUUAACUUACUGUCUAAUUGUCUUCUUGUACCUGUUGCAAAGAGAGAGACUGGAGGUGGACACCCCAAGGGCUUCACAUGCUGAUUCCAUGUGGCAUGCUCAGGAGGUACAAAAACGAAAGAAAGAAAAAGAACUCAUCAGGCUGAUUAACGGGUGUCUACUCAGUAGAAUGGUCAUAUUUACCAGGCGGAGGAAGCCGUAGGUGGCGUGUGGCCUAUUCGUUUAUUGAUGUUCUAUUAUUUGCUCUUCUACAAAGUCGCUAACCCGUCGCAUGGUCAUGGACGACGAUGAACACAUUCUGGCCCUGGGUUUUUGUCCAAAGCUUUGCAUUACAGUGCACAUCCCUCGGGUGCGUCGUUGGCAGCUGCUGGAUCUUUCUGUCAGUUCUUACUGCCUCGGGAUGCUUGUACUACAGUUUCAUCUUUGUAACUAGCUAAUUCGUUUUUUUUUCUUUUUUAAUUUCGUCUGAUCUUUUUAAUCGUACCCUGGUGAAGUCUAUGAUGUUCCUGUAAAUUCGUGUUGGUGGUGCAACUGUAUGGGUAAGUUUUAUGUUGGUUCAAUUAAUAAAGCUUUUCUUUUACCA